ACUGUCAGUCAUUUUGUGAAAUUUUAACAAUGUCAAAGUAUUCGUCUUUAACACGUUAUCGUUAUUUUUAAUAACAUGCUUUUUAUUAUAAUGUAACUAAAACAUAAUUGUUUAUUCAUGAAAUCGAUCAAUUGUAAAUAACUGAGACGGCAGAUAUUUGUAAAUUACGUAUUAUAAUUUUCGGAAAAAACACCACACAACGUUAUCCUACUAAAAUGAGAUAUUGAAUAGUUCGAUUAAGUGGAAGCCUGCAUUGUUUAUAAAACCAAUAUACCUUUGGAUAAAAAGAAGCUCAAGGUUGUUACGAAUAAAAAUUUAUAAAUAUGUGGCAAUCUCAAGCAGUACAAAAUGCACAAAACAAUAAAGAAAAUCAGGCACAAAGAAAUGAUGACAGAUUGAUGACCCUUGGAAUGACAUCUGCCAUUUCUGUAGCUCCACCAAAGCCGGCAGAUCUUCUAAAGACUAAAGAAUUGGAGGAAUCGUUGAAACCAUUCGAUGUGUUUGAAAGUGAACAAGAACUCAAUCAUCGCAUGUUAAUUUUAGGGAAAUUGUAUAAUUUAGUUAAACAGUGGAUAAAAGAUAUAUCUGUAAGACACAAUAUGCCUGAAAGUGUUGCGGAACAUGUCGGUGGGAAAGUGUAUACAUUUGGUAGUUAUAGGUUAGGGGUACACAAUAAAGGAGCUGAUAUUGAUGCUUUAUGUGUGGCUCCUCGACAUAUUGAUAGAUCAGAUUUUUUUUCUUCGUUCUAUGAACUACUUAAUCAGCACCCUGAAGUAACAGACCUGAGGGCUGUAGAGGAGGCGUUCGUACCGGUUAUUAAAAUGAAUUUUGGUGGAAUAGAAAUAGACAUGUUGUUUGCCAGACUUUCUCUAAAAGAGAUUCCCGAUUCCAUGGAUUUGCGUGACGAUAUGUUAUUAAAAAACCUUAAUCAAAAGUGUGUUCGGAGCUUAAAUGGGUGUCGGGUUACAGAUGAAAUUCUGCGACUAGUUCCAAAUAUAGAAAAUUUUAGAUUGGCACUAAGAGCUAUUAAAUUAUGGGCGAAACGUCAUGGGAUCUACAGCAAUGCGUUGGGAUAUUUGGGUGGAGUGUCUUGGGCGAUGCUAGUAGCAAGAACUUGCCAGUUGUAUCCGAACGCAACAUCGGCGACGUUAGUCCACAAAUUUUUCCUAAUUUUUUCAAAGUGGCAGUGGCCGCAGCCAGUGCUGUUGAAGCAGCCUUCGAACGUUAAUCUGGGAUUUGCCGUUUGGGAUCCUAGGGUCAACAUCCAGGACCGAUAUCACUUAAUGCCGAUAAUAACCCCAGCCUAUCCGCAACAAAAUUCGACUUUCAAUGUGUCGCUGUCGACCAGAACGAUAAUAAUGGAAGAGUUCAAACUUGGAUUGCUUAUCACGGACGAUAUUAUGUUGGGAAAGUCGUCGUGGGAUAAGCUUUUCGAACCCCCGCCCUUUUUCCUGAAAUAUAAGCACUUUAUAGUUUUGUUAGUGAUGGCCGAGACGUCCGACGACCACCUGGAGUGGUGCGGGCUGGUGGAGAGUAAAGUUCGUUUGCUCAUAGGUAACUUGGAGAGGAAUCAAUACAUAACGCUGGCCCACAUAAACCCGGAGAGUUUCGCGAUGCUGGAGUCGCAGAAGGAGCCGAACGCGCACUGCUCCAUGUGGUUCAUAGGUUUAGAAUUCGCCAAGACGGAGAACUUAAACGUCGACCUGACCAGGGACAUACAGAUAUUUACGAAGACCGUGAACAAGCACGCGACCACCAUUCAGAUGCUUAAGGAAGGUAUGAGGCUGGAGGCAAGGUACGUUAAACGGAAACAGUUGUCGCAGUACCUGUCCCCCGGUCUCAUCAAGAGAGAGAGAAAGUCGAGUAUUACCAAGUCUCAAAGUAACGGCACGACGGAGAACAGGAAGAGGCUGUCCGGCGACGCGGCUGGAUCCGACAACGACGCGCCCGUCAAGAAGACGAGGUUGUCCGAGGAAAUUACUCCGCAAAUGAGUAGUUUUGAUGACAGUUCUAACAACUCCGUGAACGAUUCCAACAGCAACCUAAGCGUGGCGGAAUCCGAGUCCAGCCUUAGUACAAACAUUUUACCUCUUCCCGCAAGUGCGACGGCUCCACAGGAAGCCGUCUGUACCUGACGUUACCGCACGUGAAAUUUCUGUUCGGGGCGUCCGACUUUCAUCCACUUUCAAAACUUUCUUUUUAGGUCGUUGAUGAGCCAGCACAGACAACUGUCCGUCACGUACGUAUGAACGAUACCCAAAACACUUUGGGAGUAAAAUAUUAUCGCAAACCGUGCAAUGUUAUUUAAGCUUCUGUGUGCGUGAUCGUGUGGGUGGUUAUCUUCAAAUAUUUAAGUGUAAAUAAUUAAAUAUAACAAAAAAAAUGUUAGUUUAUUGAUCAAUUAAUAACUAUUUAUUUAUUUUCGAUGUAUAGUUAUUCAGACAUGUACUUGUGGUUAAGUAAACAAAAAAACUAAAAAAAAAAAAUGAAAAAAAUUGAAAAAUAAAAUCAUGAAAAUAUUUUGCGGUAAUAUUUUACAUGUAUGUAAAUAGAGUUCUUUUUUAAUUCACUAUGUAUGAAAAUUUAAUAGCAUUCAAAAGGAGUUUUAAGCAGUCUCUUACGAUAGAGUUUAUUUUAUUUUUGAUAUUCGUGUAUUUUGGUUUGCGCCGUGGAAUCUUGACGAUCUAUUUUAAAAUAUUUCAUUAUGUUUGAGUGGAAGCCUGAGUUGAUAUAUCCGUUAAAUUUAUUAAUUCAUUUGAGAGCAACAUUUAAGACGUGUUGCGCGAUUUAUAUUUAUAUAUAAACCGGGGGAAAUAUUACUGCUGAACUUGAUUUUGAAAUGGUAUUAAAUUAGUUUAGAUUUUAGUUAAAAAUUAUGGAAAUCUAAGUAAAUGUGACGUGUAAACAUAUUAUUCGAAAAAUAAAUAAAACGUAUUUUCC